AUGGGAAAGUCCUCGGCGAGAACACAUGGUCAAGAGAACGAACGGAGAAUUAAAGCGAACAACAGGGAAUAUAACGCGCAGUUCCGUUACGCUAAUAACUUCAUCAAAACAUCGAAGUACAGUAUCGUGACGUUUCUGCCGCUGAACUUGCUGGAGCAAUUCCAGCGGCUAGCAAAUUUCUACUUCCUGUGCCUUCUGGUGCUGCAGCUUAUUCCGGCCAUCUCGUCGCUAACGCCGAUCACUACUGCGAUACCGCUCAUUGGUGUACUCGCUCUUACUGCCGUCAAGGACGCGUACGACGACUUUCAACGUCAUCAAAACGAUUCGCAAGUAAACCACCGUCGCGCGAAAACACUGCGCAAUGGCAAACUUGUGGAGGAGAAGUGGGCGUCUGUUCAGGUGGGAGACGUCAUCAGGCUGGAGAACGACCAGUUCGUCGCGGCGGACAUACUGCUUCUCAGCAGCUCGGAACCUAAUGGCCUCUGUUACAUAGAGACUGCCGAGUUAGAUGGGGAGACGAAUUUAAAAUGUCGUCAGUGCCUGGAGCAGACGGCUGCCAUGGGGCAGGACGAUGCACAAUUGGGUGCUUUCGACGGCGAGAUCGUCUGCGAAACCCCUAACAAUUUACUUAAUAAGUUUGAAGGUACGUUAAGCUGGCGCAAUGAGCACUACUCACUCGAUAAUGAUAAGAUAUUACUACGAGGCUGUGUGCUGCGCAACACAUCAUGGUGUUACGGCGUGGUCGUGUUCGCCGGAAAGGACACCAAACUUAUGCAGAACUCUGGCAAAACUAAAUUCAAGCGCACCAGCAUAGAUAGGCUACUUAAUUUUCUUAUUAUAGGGAUAGUAUUCUUCCUGCUAUCGAUGUGCGUAUUCUGCACGGUGGCGUGCGGCGUGUGGGAGUGGAUGGUGGGGUACUACUUCCAGGUGUACCUGCCGUGGGACACUCUGGUGCCGGCCGAAUCCACGUGGGGCGCGCUCGUCAUCGCGCUGCUCGUGUUCUUUUCCUACGCCAUCGUCAUGAACACUGUUGUGCCUAUAUCACUUUAUGUUUCUGUUGAGGUUAUAAGAUUUGCCCAGAGUUUCCUCAUUAACUGGGAUGAGAAAAUGUAUUAUGAAAAGACUGGUACUGCAGCUAAGGCGCGGACGACCACGUUAAAUGAGGAACUUGGUCAAAUCCAGUACAUAUUUUCAGAUAAAACGGGCACAUUAACACAAAAUAUUAUGACUUUUAAUAAGUGUUCGAUAGCAGGCGUCUGUUACGGGGACGUCGUAGACGAGACCACCGGUGAAACGAUAGAACUUAAUGAGCGGCGGAGCGGCGGGCCGGCGGGGGCGGCGGGGCAGGCGGGGCCGGCGGGGGCGGCGGGAGGCGGGCGAGGCGCGGCGCGCGCGCGCCUGCUGGAGCUGGAGCACGAGGCGGGCCGCAGCACGCCCGGCGGCCGCCGCCCGCGUAGUUCAGAACCGUUGGACUUCUCGUUCAACCCUGAAUACGAGCCGGAGUUCAAGUUCUUCGACACGUCACUGCUGGAAGCGGUGAAGCGUGGCGAUCAACAUGUGCACGACUUCUUUCGGCUACUCGCGCUGUGUCACACUGUCAUGCCGGCUCAGAAGAAUGGGAGGCUGGAAUACCAGGCACAAUCGCCAGACGAGUCUGCACUGGUAUCAGCAGCCAGAAAUUUUGGUUUCGUGUUCAGAGAACGCUCGCCUAAUAGUAUUACAAUAGAAGUAAUGGGUAGAAAAGAGGUGUAUGAAUUGUUAUGUAUAUUAGAUUUUAAUAAUGUUAGGAAAAGAAUGUCCGUGAUAUUGAGGAAGGAUGGUGAAAUUAGGUUAUAUACAAAAGGUGCUGAUAAUGUAAUAUAUGACAGAUUAAAACGGAAUCAAACGGAUGUGAGGUCGAGGACGCAGGAACAUUUAAAUAAAUUUGCGGGCGAAGGUCUGCGGACGCUGGCGCUGGCGUGGCGGCCGCUGGGCGAGCAGGACUUCGCGGCCUGGAAGCGACGCCACCACGCCGCCGCGCUCGCGCUGCACGACCGCGACGAGCAGCUCGACGCUAUCUACGAGGAGAUCGAGACUGACUUGCUCCUCAUGGGAGUAACAGCAAUAGAAGACAAAUUACAGGAUGGUGUACCAGAAACUAUUGCGAAUCUCAGUAUGGCCGGUAUUAAAGUGUGGGUCUUAACCGGCGAUAAACAAGAAACCGCUAUAAACAUAGGUUAUUCAUGUCAGUUAUUGACGGACGAUAUGGCUGAGGUGUUCAUCGUUGAUGGCUUGUCGUACGACGACGUCGACCGACAACUCGCCAAGUUUAGGGACAGUAUUAGAGUCGUCAACACAUUUUUGCCUCACGGUAGUACGGAGGCCCAAAGUUCAGCGGAGAGAGCGAACGGCGAGGCGGGCGUGUCGCCGGCGCGCGGCGCCAACGUGAAGCUGAACGCGCCCGCCGUGUCCGUCGUCACAUUUAGGUGGGAACAUAACACACUAGCACACACCAGCAACGAGUACGCCUCCGGCGCCGGCCCGUACUCGGCCGACACACACGAGCACAAUAAUGACGACUCCAACGGGUUCGCCAUUGUCAUCAAUGGACAUUCACUUGUGCACUGUUUGCACCCUAAGUUAGAAGAAAAAUUUUUAGAUGUAGUUUUACAAUGUCGAUCAGUGAUAUGUUGUCGAGUGACACCGUUGCAGAAAGCAAUGGUUGUAGAACUCAUCAAGAAAAAUCGAAAGGCCGUCACAUUGGCGAUCGGAGACGGCGCCAAUGACGUUUCUAUGAUCAAGGCGGCCCACAUCGGCGUAGGUAUAUCUGGCCAGGAGGGUAUGCAGGCGGUGCUCGCGUCGGACUACUCGAUAGCGCAGUUCCGCUUCCUGCAGCGGUUGUUGCUGGUUCACGGACGAUGGUCGUACUACCGGAUGUGCAAGUUCCUCAGAUACUUUUUCUACAAGAACUUUGCAUUUACCGUCUGCCAUUUCUGGUUCGCGAUGUUUUGCGGAUUCAGCGCACAGACGGUUUUCGACGAGAUGUUCAUAUCAGUAUACAACUUAUUCUACACGUCCCUGCCGGUGCUGGCGCUGGGAGUGUUCGAGCAGGACGUGUCGGUGGCCACGUCGCUGCAGUUCCCCAAGCUGUACGUGCCGGGCCACACGAGCCAGCUGUUCAACAAGACAGAGUUCAUCAAGUCCACUUUGCACGGCUGUUUUACUUCGCUCGUACUUUUUCUAAUACCUUAUGGUACUUACAAAGACGGAUUGGGGCCGGAUGGCAAAAUAUUAUCAGAUCACAUGUUGCUAGGAAGUGUUGUAGCCACAAUAUUAAUCAUAGAUAAUACUACUCAGAUAGCCUUGGAUACGACGUACUGGACGGUGUUCAACCACAUAACAAUAUGGGGUUCACUCGUCUCGUAUUUCGUGUUGGACUAUUUCUACAACUACGCGAUAGGUGGACCGUACGUGGGUUCGCUCACCGUCGCACUCACACAGGCCACGUUCUGGUUCACCGCCGUACUCACUAUGAUAAUCCUGAUGGUGCCGGUGGUGUCGUGGCGGCUGGCGUGCUCGUGGACGCGGCCGACGCUGGCGGAGCGGCUGCGCGCGCGGCAGCGCUGGCGGGCGGCGGCGCCGGCGCCCCGCACCCCGUCCGCGCGCCGCGCCAGGCGCUCCGUGCGCUCGGGCUACGCCUUCGCGCACCAGGAGGGCUUCGGCCGCCUCAUCACGUCGGGCAAGAUCAUGCGCCGCAUCCCGCACGCCGACGCGGCGCUGUCGGCGCUGGCGUCGCUGCCGGGCAAGUUCCACGCGCGCCCGCCCGAGCCCGAGCCCGAGCCGCGCGCGCCCACGCAGAACCUGGCCACCGUCGACUUAUGA